CUCUAGUUUAUGUUUACGGUACUGCGCCGCGCGAGGUGCAUAUCCCGUGGUUCAGUGUUCGCCGGUGACAUUGACACUUGUCAAGUUAACCUCGAAUGCCAAUUGUCAACGUCAAACUCUUUCGCGUAGUGAAUAUUUCCCGUACAAAAUGACGGAAGGUACUGCCACAAUCCGCACCAGGAAAUUCAUGACCAACCGACUGUUAUGUCGGAAACAAAUGGUCGUAGACGUUCUGCACCCCGGCCAACCCUCGGUAAAGAAAACCGACAUCAGAGAAAAGUUGGCUAAAAUGUACAAAGUCACCCCGGACGUCAUAUUCGUCUUUGGCUUCAGAACGAACUUCGGUGGCGGCAAAUCUACCGGUUUCGCCCUGAUUUAUGACACCCUGGACUUUGCCAAGAAGUUCGAGCCAAAGCACAGGCUGCAAAGGCACGGACUCUAUGAAAAGAAACAACAGACUAGAAAACAGAGGAAAGAGAGGAAGAACAGGAUGAAGAAGGUCAGGGGCACGAAGAAGAGCAAAGUGGGGGCCGCAGCCAAAAAGUAAUUGAUAUGUAAAUUCUGGCACUUAUUGGACAGUCGGAGUGGGAAUAUUGUGCCGGUGUUUAUGUAUUUUUUAUAUCUCUUAAAUAUAUUUAAGUUUGACUAAGGA